AUGGAUACACGCGUCUCCCGGUUCUUGGACCCAUCGUCUGCGAUGGCAGCGAUCACACGACACAAGGCUGAAGCCAUAAAACUGGCCCGAGAGCAAGGAACUGCCGUGAAGGAAAUGUGCCGUCGGGCAAAAACUGAAGUGCCGCCAUAUGAGUUUGAGGAGCUGAUCGGCAAAGGUGCUUAUGGGCGUGUCUACAAGGGUCGGCAGACGCCAUCAAAUCGACUUGUUGCAAUAAAAGUCUUGGAUAUUGACUCAUUGGACUAUAACUCCCUGCGAGAUUUCCGAGAUGAGUCCAUCAAGGAUUUCAUCCAUGAAACCAAAGUCAUGAAACAGGUUAAAGACUCUGGUGCAAAGAACAUUAAUGAGCUCAUUGAGGCGAUAUCGAUACACGCGCAGCUGUGGCUAGUUUGUGAAUACUGUCCUGGUGGAAGCGUUCGAACACUGAUGCGUGCAACUGGCGAUAAAUUGGAAGAGAGGUUCAUAAUUCCAAUUGCCCGAGAACUAGCAGUCGGUCUGCGUGCAAUUCAUGAUGCUGGAAUUAUCCAUCGUGAUGUCAAAGCUGCGAAUAUUCUGAUCCAUGAGGAAGGUCGUCUGGAGAUCUGCGACUUUGGCGUUGCCGGAGUCUUGCAAUCUCAGCGAGAUAAACGAUCAACAUGGAUUGGUACACCUCACUGGAUGCCACCUGAGAUGUUUGCUACUCGGGCCCAAGCCCAUCAAUACAGCAACGAGAUCGAUGUAUGGGCAUUUGGCUGUACUCUAUUUGAGUUUGCAAUGGGCAAUCCACCCAAUGCUGGCCUCCGUGAACGAAUGCAGAUAGGGCGUCAAUUGAAUCGCAAAACACCCCAGCUCGAUAGUGAAGAUUAUAGCCAAGGCUUGAAGGACCUUAUCGCAUAUGCCCUUGACUCUAACCCAACCACCCGCCCUUCUAUGGCAGACAUUCUGGCCCAUCCCUACCUCGCUGAAACCGACGAAGAAUACCCCACAUCAUCCGUGGGUGAUCUUGUCAGAAACUAUUAUCAAUGGUCACAACGAGGAGGGCAGCGUAUCUCACUGUUUCAUCCAGGGGGCGCAGCAGCAGCAGAAAUCCCAGAAACAGAAGUUUCAGAGGAGGAUUGGAACUUCAGUACAACCGAUGGAUUUGAAAGACGGUUCUCGGUCAUUGACUUGGAUCAAUUAGCUGCUUCUUUGGCUGAGAUGGAGGAAUCAGUCAGCCCAACUACCCCGACUACAGACUACGACUUCAAUGAAGACUCUUCUGAGACUGAGCUGAACCCAGAACAAAAGGCAAACUUCGACGAGCGUGUACGGCGAGGUGCAGCAGCAAUGGAAGGGCUUUUUGAUGAAGAGAAGCCCAUCUACCAAUACGAAACCAAGAAUGACUUUGUGCCCAUUGAGCCCGCCACUCCAACUUCCGAUUUGCCUCUCCGCACAGACACAGAUCGUUCAUCUGUAACAUCUACAUUUAUUGACAUCGAUAUUGGCUCCUUUGAUUCUUCUCACUAUGCUGCUGGCUUGCCAUCUGCACAGCCAUUUCAGCUAGCCGAUGCAGAUACCAUUCGAGCAAAUCGAUCAAGUCUUCGUGGGAGUCGUAAUUCGAAUGAUGAGAGUUCCUCACAGUCAUCGUUCAGUGGUGGCGAGAACGAGCAGUCGCAAGAUGAGGACUUUCAGCCAACUUCUGGGCCUCGCCCCCCUACGAUGGACUGGAAGUUCCCAGUAUUCACACAGCCCGAGGAGGACGAACAGAAAGCGUCCACAUCACCAGCUGAAGCUCCUGCGCCCGAACUCGAGGCUGAGCCCGAAUCCGAGACUAGUCAAGAGGAGCCGUUUCAAGCAGAGAAACGUGCCACUAUGGAGUGGACAUUCCCGGUCAUGUCUUCGUCUGUUGGAGGAGGUAUGGAUGGAGGUACGGAUCAAGUUCCAGACCGACAUGAGACUCUCAGGGCCCCUCUGCCUCCUCUCCAGCCACCAACUAUUGAAGAAGUUGAAGAAGUUGAUGAAUCUCGCCCUUCAACUUCAGCCUCAAAUUUCUCUAGUGCAUCAGAUCUAGACUAUGAUCCUUUCCGUUUCGAUCGACCAACGACUCCCCAAGGCCCACAGACUGAAACAUUCAGUCGAAAUCAUUCGUUUGACUCUACUACUCACAGCAUUAAAUCAUCGAAUGCAGAUAUAGAUUUUCCCGACGACAGCUCGGUUGCACUCGAUGGACCCGGCCCCGACGAAGAGGAACCUGAACCGCUAUGGAAAGAAAACACCGAAAUUAUCGACCCCAACAACAUCCCUCCUCUCCAAACGGCGAUCCCACGAGAAGACGCAGCAAAUGAACCCACUCCAAUCUCAGAGCCUGGCUCUCCUGUAUAUGAAGAUUUAUCAUUCAACCAAUCGGAUAUUUCAACCCCAGCCAGCACGGUGAAAACUGCCGUGGCUAGUGUAGUUCCAUUCCCUUUCCUUGUUCCACCGAGUGCAGAAAGUUUGAUGGAAGGUGCCGAUGAGGCCGUUGUUACUGCGGAGCUUGAUCGAUUGCUGGGAGAUUUCUUGGAUGCCCUGUCUGCCACUGGAGAGGCACUUUCACAAAAUCAUCCUCGUACUCAGACAUAA